CAAACGUUUUUGGUGAGAAUCUCCGAUCUGAAAAGACUGAAACAUUGGUCGAAACAUUCAGGACCGUUUUCGUUUUCCAAAUGAAUUGCAAGAAGACUUGACGUCGCCAAACUUAACUUCACGAACUCCGGAAAUCAAAGGUCGUAUGAUAUAGUAAUCACGUGGCUACUCAAAGGUCAAACGAUCGUCUCACGGUACAAAUGAAACGAGCGCAUGACAUCAUUCAUUGCCAUCAAGUUCCACGAAAUUCUCUUUCGUUUACAAAACAGUCAACGAUGAACGGCAGAAAUUGAAACUCUGAACAGCUAGAAAUGUCCUUCUUUAUUAGAAAUACGCGAUCUUAGAUCUGUUCAUCAUUAUUCCCUGCCAGCUGGUUGUUCGUUAUGGAACUUGGAAUAAACAUGAUCAACAAAACCCUGAAAAUCAUUACAAGACCUCACCUUUUGACGGUUUCGAUAGUGACAGCGUGGCUAUGUUUGCUGGUUAAUAUUGCUCUCCGUAUUUAUUAUCUGUGGAUGCGAAUCACAACUUGGUAAGUUUUAAUGAAGUUGACCAGUUUACUUUGCAGACGUCCCCGUCGCGAAUCGAACCAUAAAUUGCACAAUGUUUGUUUUUAUUAUAUAUAUCGUAAGCUUGAACAAAGUAAGAGGCGAUGCAAGCUAACUCGAAGUUGCUUUCAACUACGAGGGAUUCUACUGAGAUUUCCUCACAGCCCCAUUCAUUUAUCAUGUGCUCAUGUUUUGACUCUUCGUAUAAACAGUUUAUGUAAAAAGUAAUGAGAUUGCUGCAUCUAUAAUGAAUGGGCUGUCGUUUGCAAAAAUCUUACCAAAGCUUCUUACUGUCAAUAGAUUUGUUUUGGGGAAAAUGGGAUUGUUUGCAACCACGAGACAAGGCAGCCAUGUUGGUUUAAAGACGAAUUAUCAGUAGAACCUCAUAAAAGCCUGGUUUCCACAUGAUAGUUCGGAUUGUCCUGAUCAUCCCAGUCAUCUCAAAUGAUGUUCAGAAAAUCGGGACAGUCAUAUGGAAACACUACCCGGACGAUUGCAAAGGACCUGGAUGACUGAGAUGGACUUGGUUGCUUGGAUAGAGUUGAGUUCUAUCCAGACAAUCAGGAUGAUCAUGUAAAUUUUGAAGCAAUCAUAAUAAAAAAUUAUAAAAGUGACUCUCUCAGACCAUAGAGACUAUCGGCCAAUUAAAGGCCAUCCCAGAAAUCAUCACUAUUUUUCCAGUAAUGGAGAAUAAAUUUAGCCCAAACACAAUAAAACAUAAUACAAAAAUGUUCGCACCAUGUAUGGGGACUACAUGUAUUUGAAACUAGAGAAAGUAUGUUACAUCAACUUCUCUAUGUGAGGCUAAUAAUUUUAUUGUCUUUAUGGAACUCUUCCAGCUUGUUUAUGUCGCAAAAUCAAGAGAAAAAGCAGAUAGCAAGGCAUGUUAUUUGCUCUCUGAUUAAAAUCCAUCAUCAUGUUUGGCUUGUUUGCCAUGUGAAAAAAUUCCAAGUGCUGAGGUUGUACUAAUAUUUUUUCCCGAGAAUUUUCAUGAACAAAGAGUUAAGCUCUUAGCAGAGAGAGGUCCUUCAACCAACGUGGCUGCUAUGAUGUCAGCUACAAGGCAGCAAUAAUUAACUUACUAUUUAUAGCUGGAGCUGCAAGCUUGUAAGGGUGCUGUAUAAUAUAUAAUCCAUGCAUGUUUGUAGUGGCUUAACCUAGAAUAGUAAUGAAGCUCCAUCCCUGCAUGUUUGAAAAUUGCCCUUUGUUUUGAAGUUAUAAUAAGUGGCUGAACACUCUCAUCAUAAAGAAUGUUAGGGCUGAGGGAAGAAACGGGCCCUUCAAACCUUCCUACCAUUUUUCUGCCUGGUACAAAUGUCAGACUAAGAAAAUCACAGUGUGAACCAAUGAGCAAAAAGUUGCUAGAAUAGUGGAACACAAUGCUGAUAAAAAUGUUGACUUCACCUAUAACAGAUUUUUAAGACCCACUUGUUUUAAAAAUAUACAGUUGCUGAAUAACUUUGUUUUGAAGCAAUGAAGCAGAAGUAAUAAAACACAACAAAAAUAACUUCUGAAUAUUGGUUGUCACUUUUAUGAAAUUGGUGCAAUGAUGAGAAGCGGUGAAAGAUUCAUUGAACACUCUCAUCAUAAAGAAUGUACCAUCCACGGGGCUUUGAAAGAAGGAUCAUCGGUGAGCUCUUUAGCGGGCACCAAUUCGAAAAAUAAAAAACCUUCCUGACUGCCAUUUUUGACAUGCCUGAAAUUGUAUUUCUGGCCAAAGUCUCUGUUUCCCACACUGAAAAGGCGAUAUCAUUCAACUCUAAAAAAACUUUUACGUUCCGAUAAACAAAGUAAAUACCAACCUUGUUCUCUUUGCUGUGAAAACCACUCCAUGACCUGGUCUAGAAAUUUCUUUCGCACGUUUUGCAGACAUCUUCAGCUCUCAGGAAAGAAUAUGAUUUUUCUCCAGCGAAAAAAAAGUCCAUAAGAUUUUCUUGAUAACUUUUAUCUUGAAAGCCAUACUAUAGCGUUUUUAGGCAAUGAUAAAAGUAACAGCGGCGAAAGGGGAUCGAUUGAUACUUUGAAACGUUUAACUGAGAUUGUUGUUGUGGUUGAUCUGUUGUCUCUUCACUUUUGUGUUUAUUGACGUUUUGUGUUCAGUGAAUCAAUUUCUUAUGUUUUCUGUGAGGUUGGAACAAAACCAAUCAAUAAGAAAACUUUUUUUUUUUUUGGGGCCUGAGUCUAGUGAUCGGCUUAUAAAAAUAUGUGUAUAUAUCUGAAGUGCCAGAGGGUACACGUACUUACACUGUAAACUAUAAAGGUCCAGCAUUGGAAUGACAAUGUUUAUAGGAGGAGGUUGAAAAGAUCCACUGUUUAGAAAAACAUGCGGUAACCAUAAAUCCUCCAUUAAGCUCUACCCCCUCUCUAAUAAGCCUUCUCCCUCCAAUAAGCUGCCUCCUUUUCAGAGGGAGAAAGUUUAUUAAGCCCCUCCCUCCCCUCCCCUAUUUAUUCUUCACUAAUAAAUGAUAGACUGCUUCAAAUAAUCACCACUGAAACUUUGUGUUGACUGACCCUGGGUGUCUUAUGUACCAACUGGAAGUUCGGAUUUAAAUCUGAUCCUCAGCUGCAUGACCUCCAACCUUCUUGUUCUUGAGCUUCUCCACUUAGGAUUCUAGUUCUUUAUGGAGAACUGAUACCAUUGUCGUUUCUAAAUUAAAUGAGUCUCCCCCAUCUCUGUGAAGCUCCCCUCUCAAAUGGGCUUGAAAUAAAUAAACCCUUGAGGCUUAAUAGAGGAUUUACAGUAAUUACAACCCUUUUUUAAAGUUUAUUAAAUUAAUUCUAUUUUCAAUUUAAUUAAUUCUAGUUUUGUCUUUUUAGGUUUUUAAACUGUCUCCUCUCUUUAAUUCUCAUCUGGUUGUUUGGUCUACAUAAUGUGUCAAUAACAAUUGGAGAAUUUGGAUUUUUAUCAGUGAAAGGUGUGAAAAUACGAUGGAGGAGGGAUGAUGUAGGUUUGGUAUGUAACAUACUUGCUUCCUUUGCAAUGGCAUUUAGAAUCUUGCUGAAAGGGUGAUGAUGCUACUUCAUAAGAAAUGAAGAUGUUAUGAGUUGAUUUGUAGGGUGAUAUAAAGGUUCUAGUAAAGUAGAUGCAUUUGAGUCUACUGGCCCAUCAGUCGACAGCUUAUUCUUGCCUGCAUUGCAGAUCUAAUCUACAGAUCUAUUUUUUUUCUUUAUUUACCUUACAUCCCUUACAUCAAAUUUCUUAUGCUUAACAUAAGAUAAUAUUAUCAAGAACCAUAAGGCCGGAAGAUUUUAAGCAAGCUCCAUUGAGCUUUGUCCGCAAAGCAGUGCCAAUAUCCUUGGUCUGGGCCCCAACAGACUCAACAAAUACUGGUAGACAGAUUUACGGUAACCAGAAAUAUUAGUUCCAUCUGUGGUGCAGACUAAGCUUAUUCUACAAGUAGUUUAUGUAGUUUAAAGACAAGCAGCCAGGAAUAUUUUUAUCCCCCUCCCUUCUGGACAGGAUGCUAGUCCAUUCCAACUUUUAUCUCCAAUAAUUAUUUUAUUUCUUGGUACUCAUGAAUGCGUUUAUACAUUUGGGUGAAGUUAGAGGCCCACUUAGGGAGAGUGCAUACAUUGUGUGUCCCUAUUGGUCUGAAUUUCAAAACAGUCAUUUUGCAUUUUUUUGAAGUAAGCCAUUUCCUUGUAGGUAUUUAACUCAUCUUUAUUUUGUUUUUCACCAUUUCAUCUUGUCUUUUGUCGGGGUUUCAAAGUCCAGUCGCUUGUUGAGAUUUUGCACUAACAGAACCUCAAGUGAAGCUCUUUGAGAGAAAAGUUUUUCAUUCAAUCUGUAGUGGUGAUGGAUAAUCUGAAUGGUAUCCUAAUGUAAGAAAUCCUUAAUAGCAAUCUGCACCCUUUCCGAAAGAUCCAUUGUAAAGCUCGACAAUAGUAAUAUAUACCUGUAAUAAAAAUUAAUGAUCUGGCACAUCUACAGUGUACAGUACAUGUAAGUUUGAGCCUGUUAACAAAGUUUCUCUGGUGCUGCUUAAAACAUUUCUGGUGCAAUUUUCUGGUCAGAAGUAAUCCUAAUCCCAAGGUAAAAAAAUCCUUUAUAGCAAUCUGCACCCUCUCUGAAAGAUCCUAUUAUUAAGCUCGUCAAUAGUAGUAUAUACUAGUAAUAAACUGGUCUGGCACUUCUACAGUUUACAUGUAAGUUUGAGCCUGAAAAUAAGGUUUCUCUAGCACUGCUUUAAACAUUUCUGGUGCAAUUCUCUGGAGUAAUCUCUGUUUUGAGGCAAGAAUAAUUAUGCCAUUUCUUUCAGAGUUCAAACUCAAACUUAGAUACACCGUACAUGUACAUUUGUACCUCCUUGCCUUCUGCUUGUUGAUUUUGAAUGCUAACAUGUAUUAGCCUUUGAAUUGUACUUUGUUUGUUUUUUGAAAUACUUUUGACAUGUCCACUUGUAUCUGUAUGCUUCACCUGGAAAUUAACCGUUAUUAUUAUAAUAAUUAUGAUUACUUUCUACAGUCUAUUGAAGAAGUAGGAAUAAAGAGAUUAGAAUGGAACUUUGAAAAAGUUAGGUAAGAUGAAACAAUCCAUUCUUCUUGUUUCUACACGUACAGCUGCACUGUAUUUCCUCCAAUAAUAUCCGAGGGCAAUUAUUAUUUUUUUCGAACAAAAAAGAGGCGACUAUUCAAGGGAGGCGAUUAUUUCGAAUAUUGCUCAGUGGAAGUCCUGCCCUAAAUAGUUUGUUUUAUUAUCCCAUUAAAUAAAAAAAAUCAAACAAACUGAACAAGGGCUUUUUAAGUAUUCCAAGUUUGUUGCUUGAUUUAUUUGCAAUGUCAAUAUCCUCUAUGUCAGAACCUGAAUCGUCACUGAUCAGUUUUGUUGGAUCAGACUCCACUUCAACUUGAUAGGGAGAGGAUAACAGAAAGAGAAGAGGGCUAGAUGGCUGGGAAGGGGCAAUUAUUUGAGGAAGGCGAUUAAUCAGGGGACGGCUAUUAUUUGAGGGAAUACAGUAUUUGUAGAGAUCAUAUUUAAAAUACAUUUUACCCUUUGUACAUUUAUUAAUUUUGUCUUCACUAGAAGUGGUUUUUUUGAUCGAUCAAUCUCAAAUUUGUGUUCUUUUCUUCAGGGAUCUUACAUUAUUGUUCAACAUUAAACAGUUAAAAAGAGAGCUGUUCACUGAUUUCAAGGUACUACUUUCUGUAGUAAAAUCAGUAACUGACAAUGUAACAAUCCUUUGUAUGUCACUACAUGUACAUGUGUAUCUGAAGUAAUGACUUUACCUUGGUUGUUUAGGAUGCAACAACAGAUAUCUACACUUCUUUUACUCUUCACUGGAAAAUGGUACGUUAAGUUUGUUUUGUGUCACUAAAGCUGUUUCUAUCUUAUCAAAUUGUUACGAGUUUUCAUUUUGAGGAUAGCUAUGGGGGUAUAGUACAUGUAAAUCCAAGACUGUGUGAGACCAUGCUGCACAAUGCCCUGGUUUUAAAAUCCAAGAUGGAAACUAUUCCUUCUUAUUUGAUAAAUCUGAGAACAAAAUUGUACAUUUUAUAUAAGUGAGAAACUUCAAGCCCAAGUCUUACAGUAUUUCCUCCAAUAUUAGCUGGGGGUGAUUUUUUCUUUUCUUCAAACUAAAAGGGGGUGAUUAUUCAAGGUAGGCAUUAUUAUAAAUAUUACUCAGUAGAAGUUUAAAAAAAUAAUCACAUCAAAUAAACUGAAUGUGGGCCUAUUUAGUUCCUGUAACUAAACCUUUGCUUUUGUAACUAUUCAUUUGUAAACAAUUAAAUGAAAGCUUGUUUGUUUAUAUCCAAGGUGUCAAUCUUUAACUUGAUAGGGAGGGGAUAAAAGAAAGAAAAGGUGGCAAAAGGGGUGGGGGUGAUUAUUUGAGGGAGGUGAUUAAUUGAGAGACGGCUGCUAUUUGAGAAAAUAAUCUAUGGUACAAUGUAUGUAAACUUUCAGAGAUUGUCAAAACAUCUUUUCCCACAAAAACUCUUCCAAGAAAUUUUUAUCAUCAUUACUUUUUUUUUCUUUUUUGUACCAAGAAGGUAAUUGUGUUCUUCUAUUCAUCGAUAUUUUCAGCAAUCUCCCAGUGACCUUCUCAGUAGUGAUUUACGAAAUUCAAGUGAAACCAUUCCAAAGGCGUUCACACUGCUUAAGGCUACAGAUGUGGAGAUUGGAUCACGACUUCACAUUCAAAGAGGGGGCUCUUAUGUCACACUACUUGAGGUAAGAAGACUCUUCUGUUCCUGAAAUGCCGAGAUCAACGUGGAGGGGCAGUAACCAAGUCACAACAUUCAGUACUCGUUCUUGUAUUUUUAAUUAUACCAAAAUGUUAAAAAGACGUUUUGACGAUGGUAAUGACCAUAGUUAUGUUGCUGGUGAUGAUGAUGCGGGGUUCUCAAUAGAUUUUUAAGUAGGAGGUGAUCACUGAUAAAGUAGGAGGCUCUUCAGCAAAGCCAGAGGUGUCAAAACAAAGCAAAGAAAAGCGACUUAAACACAAAGUAAGCGGCUAUAAAUCCCAAAGUAAGCGGCGAUCAAUCGCUGGGUGCCGCCUUCUAUUGAGAACCCUGAUGAUGAUGAUGAUUAUGAUGAUGAUGAUGAAUACUUUACAUAAAAUGACAAUGCCAAUGAGACUGAAGAUAAUGCUGUUUAAUUUUGUAAAAAUGACUUGUUAAUGGUAGCAGUAUUGAUGGUUGAGGUGGUGACUAUACUGAAGUCAUAAUAAUGUUACUUGUAAUAUUAAUAUUAAUGUUUUUAUGCUUUUUUUCACUAGGCUGCUGUUCUAGAUGGACUUUUGAUUCCCUCAGAAAAAGUCACAUCAUUGUACAUAAAGGCAAAGGAUUUGACCUACUGCUCUGGGCCUUAUGAUGCCAAACUUAGUCAGGCCAGACGAGAGAAGGUAUUGAAGCUGCGUAAUCUUUAUAAAUGUUUAUUAAAGAUAUUAUUAUUUAUAGCAAGACUACAGUCAGCAGUUUCUUAGUUGGUGGAAAUCCAACAAAAUAAUGGCCAGUAGUUGCCAACUAACGUUACAGUUACCCGGUACUGCCAUACAUGAGGACCGGUAUGAUUCUGCAAUCUUUGGAUCAGAGUGGGACUACAUGUUAUGUUACCUUCGUUUGCCAAAACCAAUUACAAAAGAUUUUAAUGCUAAAAACUGGUGGUUUUCGUAAAUAAAUAGGGAAAAAGGGGAGUGAUGAUGACAGUAGUUAACCCUUUAAGUGCCAGGAAUCACCAACAUCAACUGUCUUUUAACCCUGUUAACAUUGUCAAUUCAUAAUCAAGUAAGAUGGUUACAAGAGUUAAAAAUAUGAUCACUGGUGGGAAAAUGUUUUCAUCUUUUAACAAAUUCUCUCGCCUAAUUUUUCAAGUACAGUGUAAGAUUUUAUGAAAUAUAAUUUUUCAUUUAAUAGUGUGUUCGUUACAUAUACAUUGCACUAACAGUGAUUGAUUAAGAUUUGUUAUAAACUUUUGUUUUCCUUUACCUUUCAGAUCAUCAAGCUACCUCUCUUUGAUUUUCUGUCGACAUUUUAUGUAGAUGGUCCUUCUCGUAUCACAAUAACCUGCCAUGAAGCCCAGAUGUUUCUUUGCCCAAGCAAAAUAAAUUCCUCACUAAUAUUUCUGAAUCAUUUACUAAGGCAGCAGAUCAAACCUGGUAAGGAAUUUGAUACCCAAGAAGGUACCUGUAAUAUACAAAUUUAGCCAAGGCUAUAGGUGAAGCUCCCAUUAAUAGGUUUAUAAUUUACUUCAAACAAUAAACUUGUAACCAUUGCAAAGAAAUUUACUUGGAGUUGAGCCUAGGCCUGCAAUCAGUGGAAAACUAGUAACUUGUCAGUAGAGAACUUCGAAAAUAAGCAACCUCGAUUGGUCGACACCUGAUCCUCCAUUACGGCCAUUUAAUAUUGUUCAAGGGAUACAGCUGUCAAUUGACCACAACAUGAAGGAUGUGUAAUAUCGCAGGUUGCAGGCUCCCACGUUAGCUAGAAAGUGUGACAUUUUACGUUGGUUUUCCUGUGGUGCAGACGGACAGGUAAACGUAAGGUCAAGUAACUCCUUAUCCUGGAUAGAUCGUUAUAUUGUAAUAACUUUAGUCCAUUUUCUUGCGCAUUUACAUAGAUCUAUCUUUCUUUUCCUUUCCUUUUCUUAAUUUCUUCUUAGUAAAUUACUCGAUUAGCCAUGCUAUAUGUGAGCAGAGGAUGUUCUGAAUGUACAUGUAUGAUUUAAUUUAAUUUGUCACUUCUAUGGAAACCAAUAAACUUCAAACUUUUACUUCAAAAAAAAAAUUCUCAGCCAUGGGGUUCUGCCUGCACGCACGUGGGGCUCCACUGAUAAUCGGUUCCAAUGACAUGUCUCAUUCUCUUUUAUUUUUCUUUAGAUUUAAAAGCUGAUGCACUUGCUAGAACAAAUAUUAAAAUUAACAUGGAAAAGUUUUUAGAGGUAAGUCCCAUGAUGGCUUAUUUGGAAUUGUUGUAUUUUUCCCACUGACCCUUUCAUACGCUCCAGCUCGGAAAAUCCCUGAAAAAUGUGUUCCUUUUAGGUAGAGCUUCCUUAUAUCGGCCAUUAUGGGGAGUACACAAUGUAUCCCCUUGGAUAUGCAACAAUAUUGAAUCACAACUCUAUUCUGAUGAAUUCUGUUAUCCCACUUGUAGAUAUAGUUAACUCACUCUAACACAGGCAAUUAUUAGUAUUAUUAUUAUCACCUUACUGAGAGUCAAGAAGAAGCUGAUCGAGAACAACAGGGACAUACACUGUACUCUAGGAGCGUUUCCAUUUUAUAGAGUGUCUGUCUUAUAUUGGUGUCCUUUGACCGUCUCAGGUCCAGGAGUGGCCAACAUCACUUUUCCUGUAACAAUAGGGAGCUUACGCGACUACGAUGACGACCACAACGACGACUUCAAAACAACAAUAGGUGUAAUGAUCAAAACAACAGCUCUGCACAUACAUCACACUUUUUAGUACAUUCCUUUGACGUCCGCUGCACGACUACGACGUGAAACCUCCUAAUUUGACGUUUUAUGAAAGAAGGGGACAUACUACGACGAAUUUUCCUUCCUCUUUUUGAACCUGAAUAAAAUCGUUAAGAAUUCAACUCCAAGAAAAGUCGCCUGCAUUUGACAUACUAAGCGGGUCCAAAUAGACGCGAUUAAGUUUGAAAGAACGCAAAUUCAUUUUUUUAGCGACGUUUUCACUGCCGUCGUCGUCGUCCUUGCUUAAGGUCCCUAAUAGGGACUUUAAGAUCCAACGACGCGACAGCAAUGAGAACGUCGCUUAAAAAGUGAAUUUGUGUUCUUUCAGUCUAUGUCGCAAUUAUUCCUACCCACUUACUUUGUCAAAUGUAGGCGAACCCUCCUGGAGUUGAAUUCCUAGGCAUCAUAUCCAAGUACAGUAAGAGAAAUAAAAUUUCGUCGUUGCUUGUUUACGUCCUCCGUAAAACGCGAAAUUAGGCAUGUUCACGUCGUAGUCGAGCAUGGUGCACGUGCAAAGUUGUUGUUUUGCUUAUCAAACCUAUUGUUGUUUUGAUGUUCUCGUUACCGUCCGCGUCGUUGGAUCUUAAAGUCCCUAGUAUCAAUGCAUGUCAACAGCAAGGAUUAUGGGAAUUGAUGAAAUGAUUGCCAAAGGAGAAGUGCUUUGACCUUUUAUCAAAUAAUCUCCACUAAUUCUUUAUUAAAGGCGGGAAAUGUAUGAUAAUGAUAAUGGUAAUUGAUGUUUAUUAAAUAUCCGCUGUAUUAUCCUAUCACUAUUUUUGUUUUCCAUUUGUGUUCAGCUGAAUGUGAGGUCAAAAGACACCAAGGCUUCAAUUUGUUUUCAAGAUGGAGCUGAGUCUGUCAACAUUAUAACAUCAUUCAAUUUAUCCCUUUAUAAGCGAAAAACCAAGGUGAGUUUUGUUAACUACAUGUAAAUGAUUGUUUUCACUUCCUCUUUUUUGGGUGAACAAGAAUAAUCAUCAUUAUGCCUUCUAAGACAUUUUUGUUAUUCGAUCAUUCCAACCCACAAAAAAGAGCCUUAUUCCAAAUGAGAGAGUUCCCUGUUGCGGAAAAAUUCCCCGUACGAUUCAUUGGCAUUUUAAGAUUUUAAGUGGAGGUCGUGUUUCAAAGCAGAUCAUAAAGAAUGCCUCUCUGUCAAAUACAUUUUUAAAAAUUUACCAUGUUCUUUGUCAUCUAUGACGCUGAUGUUUGUCAUUAUUUUCGGUGUCAGAAAACGUUUUAUUUUUUCACAAUUUUCAGAGCCAGUAUGCCGCUUCAGUUGCAAUCCAAUCACUUGUUCCCGGUGGAGAGCAGACUAAAGAUCCGUGUGUUAUCAUAGGAAAUGAGCUGAUUUCUGCUCCAUGGGAGUGUACAAUUGCAGUAAGUACCAACAGUCAUAAAAAUAAUCGUUGCCCGUCUUUCAGCGUGGGGUUCCUGUGCUAUAGGGUGAACAACACUCAAAGAUCACGGUCAUUGAUGGGCUAUUUCUUGCUGAAUUUUUGGGCAGCAAAGUCUGCGAUUAGCGUCACAUUUUCACAUGCGAAAUUUAAUGCAAAAUUAUGUUCUGGAAGACUCACUGUAUUAGAGGAUCCGAUAGUUUUGUACGGAUGAUAUGAUAACACUAUCAGUAAACAAAAAAAACUGUACUGAUUUCUUAGCUAGGAAUCGCGCUCUUGUUCUUUAGAUCUUGAUCUAAAUAAAUUAUUUGAUUUCGGGCCUCUAAAGUUAAUGGGACGUUCGAGAAACAGACCCGAGGGCAGGUCAUUUAUAGCCUGCGGUGCAGCCGACCCACGUAUCGCGUGAACAAUUGUUAUAAACAGGUUUAGAGUGUCUGCGACACAGUUUAGUAAUUUUUAACAGAGUUUAGCCGGUGCGAUUUAAUAAACCUGCGUUCUAAGCCAUUUUCAAUUUGCCCCACGUUUCUUGGAGGCGUAAUGGGUAGACUUGAGAAACAUUUAUCUUCCAAAAAUAACCCAGUUAGAAAGACAUCUGGAAGUCCACAGAUUUCGUAUACCAUGGUCCAAGUUAAACGUAGUUUAAAUAGCCUUGUCUUUGGAGAACUUAUUAAAAAUUUUUAUACCCAUGCCCGCUUUAUUCCACAGUUUAUAUUUUUAUCAACCAGUUCUAUUUGCGUACCUGUUUCAGGGUAGCGACUGGUCAGGUCACUCUAUGGUAUUGAGGAUCACUUCUGAACAAACUUUUUCUUUGAUACUUCGACCGGAUUGUAUUCCAGUUUUCAAAGACCUUCACGAGGUAUGUGCAGUAACUUACACUGAAACUUCUUAUUGAAAACACCACGCUGUAUUCGGCCAGAGCGGAAAAUACCACAAUAUUGUUUAAACUUCCCUUUGGGUGCACCCCCUGCACCCUUCCCUUAGAUCCGCCCCUGAAAAUGUCUGGAUUCGUGUGGACUGGGCCUUAAUCUCUCUUUUUCCGAGGCAAACCAAUCAAACAAGUAGGCUAACUUCGAGUUACUAAAAUUAUUCUUGGUCAGGAUUUCCUGGAAUAUAUUUAGCCAAAUUAACUCUUCAGCCCUAGACCAAGGUAUGGUGAGAUUAUUUGUCAUUCUAACUUUUGCGUGUGUGGACAAAGUCCUGUGGUGUCACUAAAACCCUUCAGAAAAUCCUAACUCAUGUAUUGUAAAGCGCUUAGCACUGAAAAGUAUAAGCGCUAUAUAAAUACUUUUAUUUAUUUUAUUUAUUUAUUUAUUUAUUUAACUCAAGAUGUUGUUAUCGUGUUGAAUUUAUAGGAUUACUCCAGCCUACUGGAUAAGACACAAGUAAGUGCCUUGAUAGCGCUGUUAAAGGGCGACAUGAACAGGCAGUCCUCGACAACAAAACAGGUAAUUUUAUUCAAGGCAAAUGAAGGAGAUUAUUUUAAUGAAACGUGCUGAAUCACAAUUCGAAUCUAAAUAAUUCUUUCCUGUGUAGGGUUUGCACAACUUAAAUGUUUUUGCACAAACAAACGAAAAUAAUUUCAGGUUCACUCGGCUCUGUGUAUACGCGGCGUGGCUUGCAAGGGCUUGCUCGGGUAAUGGUCCGAGUUCCGCUUUUCCUCCUCCAGUCCCCCUCGGCUUUUAAGAUAAAAAAAAGAAAAGAAAAGAAACAUUUGCGCGAAUACUGAGCAAAAACUGUAUGGAGCCAUGUUUUUUGCAUGGCUUUCUCCUCCCCCAUUUUCUUUCAAGGGAAUAUGUCAUUUCCUAAGCGUCACGCUUCAGGCGAACGGCAAAUAUGGCCCAAGCCUCUGUUUUAAAGCUAGGGUUGUGAAGCAUUGAAACAUAGACCUAUGUUAAUUUAAUUUCAUUGCUUUUUUUCUGUUUCAUUUUUGCGCAGUUUAAACUCAUACAAAAACUGGCAUUUGGAAAGGAGAGUGGCAAAAUGGCGAAAAGCGCAGCGUAGCAAUGUCUUCUAAACCGUCGCUUUUUUACUGUUCUUUGUAAAUGACAAUUCUUUUCCGUUUUCUUCUUCCUCUUUACUACAUUUACGUAGAUUUUUGCUAACUGCAAAGGAUUAAAGGUCUUUUUGGAAAUGGACGUCUACGAGGAGCUUUUGAAUAUUAGUUUGGAAGAUUUACAGGUAUGAAAACUACUUAGGAAACAAAUGAAUCAGCCUCAUGGGGUUGAUUUCUAAAGAAAGGUAAACUGUGUUGUUUCGUCAAUGAGAGAGUGAAAUGUAAAAAUUUGCUUUUAUCAACUCAUUUGAAAAAGUCAACAAACCGGCGUCAAAAGAUUGAAAUGCUUUAAAGACUGGAAUAAACAAAUCUUAGGUGCGUUUUUAUUGACAUUGCGCUGUUUCUUUGCCGCUUGUUAACCGAGUAUAACUAACACUAACGCAUCAGUAGAACUACUUCUCGUAGGGAUGAUCGAACGUAUGAGGACUUUUAUUGUUGUAUCCACAACUACCCGCCUCCUUUUUCUACACAAAUCAAAAUAUUUAGUCCAAAGAAAUUGAUCUGAUAUUUACUUUACCGUCGCCAGACCGAGUUCAACCGAGAUCAGCACCAUGUUACACUGGAACUCAACGUACAAAACGUGGAGGUAAGAUGGUUUCAGUGUUCCACGUGUAAAUAACUGUUUUGUUAAGUUCAAAGGAUACACAGCGAAAGAUGACGAACGUUCGACAAAGUGCGCGUCAAACUCGACUGCCAGUCUUCUAUUUUCUCGCGACCAGGUGGCACUACUUGAUGUGGCGCACUCGCGCGGAGGACUGAGGUUAUGGGUUUUGGGUGUUACCCAUACCUCGCACGUUUUAAGAACAGUCUAGGAACGCAUCAGUUCUAGUUCGGAAAAGUGUGCCACACUUACAAAAUAAAACCUUUAAUCUUUCUUUUCUCAGGUAGAAGACUGCAUCAAUAAAAUAAUUGCUUUUCAACAGCAACGUUCUAGCGAUGAGAGUGCCCCGUUCCUUCUGCGGUUUUCACUUGUGAUGGAUGCGGUCGGUGAAGACGAAAGAGUGGCCAUUAAGGUACUUAACGUUCGCAAAUUGGCCGUCCCAAUAUACCUUCUCAUGAGGAAAAAACUGUACGCUAUCAAAUCUGUAUUAAGUCAUCAAUCUGCUCCCAUCCCGCAGCAAUCGAGCCCGAGGGUGGGGGGAUACUUUGGUUAAUGUUUGCUGGGUAUGUGCCGCUGGCAUCUCAGAGCCCCUGCCCCAUUAUAGUCUAUUUUUUGGCCAAUUAUAGACCCCAUCCUAGUCACUUUCUGGAAAAUGUAAUUUUCGCGAUCCCAACUUAGUCACUUUCUAUUUAUGCAUCCUGACCUUAUCAACGUGGUUUCAAGCGGCGGAAUGUAAUGCGGUGAAUGCGAGCUUAUUGUUAAAUUUAAUAAGCAACAACUUUCUGAUUUUUUAACCGAGAAUCUUCCCAUUUUGAAUCCCUACUUACCCCAAAAAUCCGAAAAUUUGCGACCCCAUUUUAGUAAAUCUAUUGAAAUUACAAAAUGCGACCCCGUUAUAGUCACUCCAGUCGUGAAAAUGCGACUCCAUCCAGCGCCACAUCCCCAUUAACCUCUUGUAAGGGAGUACCCCGGCAAUCGUCGCGCUCCUAACAGUUGGGCUGAUUAUUGUUCUUCUUUACUCAGAGAGCUCAUACCGAACUAGGAAACUCAAAGGUCAGCGUCCAAGAGAUUGUCAUUCUCAAGUUACUGCAGUUUGCGGGGAUCAAAGAGAAAACUCAGUUAUGGGGCGCAACAGCAGCAGGACAGAGCGAACAAUCCACUGAAAAUCUACCCGCUUUCUUGACUUCAACGAGAUAUUAUUUCGAGAAGCUACAAGUUGGACCAUUUCAAACCCUGAUGACGUGUAACCCUGCCACUAAACUUCCCCUUGAACUAAAGGAUUUAAAAACCGCGUUAGAGAUUCCGGCUGGGUUUCCGCCUUUGAUGGAAAAUGCAAAUGUACAGUUCCGUAAGUAAAACUGCUUAACUGCAAACGUCUUGUGCUUUCUUUUGUUUGUUGGGAGGGAUCGUAAUGGGGAAGUGUCAUUUACGGUCGGCAGCUAAUACUGAGCUUAAAACUUGCAGAGAUAACCAGGUGAUCAAUUUUCACUGGUGUUUUUCACGUUUGCGCUAGCCUGCGAACCGCAGACGCGUUUCCGGUCGUCGCUUCUCUCCCUCCUAUUUUUCGGAGGGAGAGAAGCGACGACCGGAAAUGCGUCUGCGGUUCGCAGGCUACGUUUGCGCUUAUCGUCUGCCCUUUUCAGCAUGAGGUGGUUGUUUUUCACGUUAAGAAAAACGUGAUUAAAAAUUGAGUUUUUUUGUUCUUUCUCGGGUGAAUUAACAUGAUAUAGGUGAUUGAUACAAAUAAAAGAACCGAUUGGCGGAAGUCAGUUGAAAGCAAUUUCAGAUCGCGGAAACCCGACUGUCGGCAAACAACGUAGAGAUAAAUUCACCAUCGUGACAAGAAGCCGGUGAUUAUUCCAUUUUUAAGAGGAAGACCUCCAGGAUAACAGCAGGGGUUUUCAUUGACAAUUUUAAAGAGGUGUUUAAACCCAGCUAUCGAUGAUUGAUUUUUCCUUCUUGCUUUAUUAUUUCAGGAGAAUUUCUGCGAACAGGUAUAGCUUACAAGGCUUUAGUUUCUCUGGGACGGGACGCCAGAACGCAUUAUCUUAAGGUUAGGCGUCGCUUCUGAAGGUCCUAUAUUUUACAAAUAUUUUUCGACGGUGACAAAUAAUUUGAGAACGUGGAAGAAGUAGAACUACACGUAGGCUAAAGUUUGAGUGUUACGCUAACAAUCACAGGGUUCGUACGGGUUAUGGAAAACCUGGAAAGUCAUGGAAUUUAAGAAUUGCAGUUUUUUAGGCCUGGAAGGCCAUGGAAUAUAAUUGUCGGUCCUUGAAAGUCAUGGAAAAUCUAAGUUUUGUUUGGUAGAUUAGUUACUGCACAUGACAAAGCAUGGACAAUGUACGAUAGAGAGAUGUGAUUGAACAGCGCAAACGGCACGCAUUUAGGUGGACACCUGAGUUUGUGUCUCUGAACUGUGUAUGAUCCAAAAAUGCCCUAAAACACAAAAGCUUUAAAAAUUAUAAAAAGUGACAGCUAAACCUAAAGUCAUAGAAAAAGUCACGGAAAGUCUUGCAAUUUGAAGAGCGUAAAAGAGUACGAACCCUGUACUCGUUUUAGUCAGGUCACUAUGACUUAGCAUCAUUCACACUCAGGUACUUUUUGUUCAACAAUUUUCCUUUCAAUUUUGUUAGGAAAUCGGCAGCCAGUCCGCGUCUCUUCUGGGUUCACUCCAUUUGCUUGGUAACAUUUCCAGUUUACAGGAGGAAAUCGCUGAUGGGCUGGCAGAUCUGAAGGAGACUGGGGACUACAUUGGAUUUGUGAAACAUGUGAGAGGGGGUUUGGCCGAGUCCUACUACAAGGUGAGGGCGAAAUAAAAUCUCGCGGAAAUCGGUGGUGAUGUUGUGGUUCAAUUUUAUCAUUGGUUUAAACUUUAUUUUCCUUUGUUUCAAACUUGUUAUCAUAAAUUACCAUACCCGAAAACAAAGGAAAAUAAACCAGGGAUGAAAUUGAACCACAACAGUAAGAGUAGCGUGGUCGAAAACUUGGAUUUGCAAUCGUAAAUUUUUCCCGUCUAAUAACAGGCUGACCUACAAUGAAGUUUCCUGGAUGAAACAUGCUCAGAUACACCGUUGUACAAGAGCGCAAUGUCUUGAACUAAAGCAAAGAAAUCCUAGAUUAUUUAUUACCUGCGCGCAAGUAACUGCGAUAUUAUAUCUAGCUGGAUUUUUGACAAAGUACGUAGCUGAGAGAGUAGCUACCAAAAAUUGCAGUCAUUUGACUGAAGAAAGGCCAAAUGGGAAAGUUUCUUGCAUCCGAAAAUCACAUUACAGAAAGAAAAGUAGUGGAAAAAUAGAGAGCAUCGAGAAAGAGGGGAGGAGAAGAGAAAAAGAGCAAUGGUUGCCCUCAGUUUUUAAAUUAGCUACUUUGAGCGAAAAAAAAAACAAUGGUGGACGGAAGAGAUCUAUUUUGCCUUGGUAGUACGCGUUUUUAGAAAUCCAGCUAGAUAUAUAUACACAUAAAUCUAUAACAACAACAACAAUGUAUUUAUUUAAAGAAAUAUAAAGUUUACAAUACUUUAUGUCCUGCAAAUAGCUAUAAUGCUAAUCUAGGCAGGACAAGACUUUAAAUAAAGACGUUAUUAAAUUACAUAAGAUAAAAAGGAAAAGAAAAGAAAUAUAAUAACACACAGAAAGAAACACCUUCCAUAUACAUUUAAAUAGAGGGGAUUUUGUUAUUUGAAAAAUCUAUAUAUUUUUUCGAUAUGAACGGAAUAUGAGUACCGCUAACCUGGCCUAUGGUACAGAGUUCAUAUCAGGGUACCUUGUGACCUUGCCAUGGGAAAACCAUCGAUUUUGUUCACGACACCUUUAGUCAUAAAGGAUUAAAGUUCAUAACUGUUACUUUAACCCCCUUCAUAUUUUUGCACCGACUUGACGACUCCCUACUAUCUUCGUUGGAGAAAUUAAGCCUUCAUUCCCAUUAAUUCUGAUUUUUAAAAAAUCCCUGCUUUUUUUUAAUAUCAUUGUAGAUUGGAUUCCCUUUUUUACCAAUGUAUCCACUUCCGUUUUUAACAUCUCUCAAUUUUUUAAAUCUCUAGAAUUUUUAAGAUCUUUUAUUAUAAUCAAUAUUUGUAAAUAGGCUUUUUAUCAUGAUUGCUGUAAUUUAUUAUUAUCAAUUUUGUUUUUAGAGGGCCAGUAGGGAAAAUACUUUUCAUAGCAAUUGGUGUCACCCUCUUAAAAUAUAGGUUACAUAUAUAAAAUACCUUUCAUCGAUUCAAGCUGUUUUCACGUUUGAGGUAAAAAAUGCCAAAAUUUCGUAAUUUAGGAUUGUCACAUGAUAAAUACCUGCAAUCUUUUCAACAACGGAGUUACGAAAUAUCGGACGAUGAGCCAUUGCCAGUAACAUUUGUUUGUUUGCUCUUGGGUCAUUUUAACCGUUUUGUUUACAGUUCGCUGAUUCGUGGUCCGCGACUAUAAAUCAGUCAGCUGCGGCAAGACGUGAAAGUAGUUCUUCAUCUAGUGCUUCUGUAGCUGUGGGGGAUAAUUCUUCCGCGCCCAUGAAGUCCGUACGCAGUGUUGUGGAAAGUUUAACAAGCCUUAUUCUCAGUCCUUCAAGAGACGCGAGUCUGGGAAAACAGCAGGUAUUGUAUUCAUUAUUCAUUAUUUCCUUAUGUUGCUUUCGGGUUGCGUUGCCUCGUAUCUAUGUGGAUGGGUUACGGUCGUUUGGAUGCAAAUUCUUUUUUCUUUUCGAUACAAGUCGAAAUGUAUUUAGUUGCACGUACUUGGCUUAAAGAACAAAGAAUAUUCACCCAAAAUGUUUUUCUUGUUGACGCGCAAACUAUACUUGAAGUGAUUAAAGUUUUGGUGCAAUUUCACCCGCUGAGUCCGUAUCGGAACGACCCUGUUCCAUGUUAACCGCGUGUUUUCCCGCCUUGAAGGGGAAUGGGUCUAAUCAUUUCAUUUUGAAAAAACCCGUCGAACUCGUUUGCGAAAUCAGAGUAAAAGCGACCUCUGAGUAAAGAGAAGUUAGGCCGACAUUUAAUAGAUUCCAGUUAGUAAAGCCAAGUGUUAUGAAGAAAGAGUGUAGCGUGAUUAUGAGAUGGCGUGAUUUUAUUCCUUUUAGAUUUUGUUAUUAAUAGUUUCACUCGUCCGUCAGAGCGACAGAGAACUUAAUGACAGAUCGGAUUAAAAACUAAAGCUUAUAGAUUCGCAGAAGUCACGAUUUCAUGUAGUGUGCCAUUGUGCUUUGAGGAUUGAAGCCUGUUUUUGCUUAAAACUGUGAUAUCGUGAAGAACGGCCCAUCGGCAUUCACGACACCAAGAUUUAGUCUCUUGAUUAAGCUUUCAAGUCCCUGGAGUGACCAACAUCAAUUUUCUCCUAACAAAAUCAAUGCAUCAUCCGGGGAAAAGUACAUGAGAAUUAACCAAAUGAUCAUCGAGGGGAAAAAUCUUUGAUCUUUAAUCAAGUCCUCUAAACUAAUUUGUUAGCACAAUGUAUGUACGUAAGUCUACUGGACAAUUUUUAGCGUGGCUUUUAGGGAUUAAAGGAUUCAGUACUCUUUAAUUUAACUUCCUAAAAGCCAAAAAUUACAUGGUGAUUGUAGGCAAAAGUUUAUCAUAUCGCAUAAGCGGGUAUAUCCGAACGCCACUUCGGUCGACAAAAUUUGUCAAUUAAGUACCGUGAAUCCCAGAGACUUUUUAUGGGCGGUUUUCUGUUUCAGUCAAGCCUCUAUAAGAACCACGUGAAAAGAUUUUAUUGCUCGCGGCUUCGCUUCUUUUGAUCAAUUUCGAAACAUCCUGAUGUGCGGGAGAAGAAACCUUCCGGCUGAUAACCAGUUAUUUAUACGACUCCUUUAAAGGAUAAAGCUGACAGCGACAGUUUUUAAGUGAAUCUUUCUGCACGGAUUACCAUCGAAUGUAAGAGAUUCCGGAAUCCAGCAAGUUUUUGCUGCUUGUGGAAUCCAGAAUCUUGGGCUUUGAAAUCUGGAAUACAGCUCAAGGAAUAUGGAAUCUCACUGUCGAUUGGAAUCCAGCGGAAUCCAAGGUCUCCUGACAAAGAAUCCGAAAUCCACGGCGUGGAAUCCACAUCCAAGAUGUCCCUGUCCCUUACAAAGAGCGAAAUCAAGAUUUCACCUUUUCACCGUAGUUGAUAAAGGCGAUUUUAACUGUUUCAUUCCUCUUCCUUCUCCUUCUCACAGCCUACAAAAUGUAGUUCUUGUAUUUUAGGGCCUGUUUACAUGGAGUGGGGGACCCCGGUCUGGUGGGGUUGGUUUCUUUUGUUUUCACGCUCCAGGGGACACAAAACAAAAGAAACCUACCCCUCUAGACCGGGGUCCCCCACGCCAUGUAAACAGGGUCUUAGAAACUAACGGGUACCGCAGGUUUUAUUCUCGCGUGCGGCGAGGGUUGUCCAAUACUCACAAAUAGACUCCAUUGGUGUUAGUGGUGAUAAGAAGGGUCUCCAUUGGUACCAAUGGUACGAUUGGUACCAAUAGAAAAGCACCCUAUUCCAAUGGUUCUAUUGGUGAAUAUGCAUCUCAUUAAGGAGACUUAGAUUAUUUUCUCAUGUGGUCUGGCUGGGUACAGGGCAAUUCCAAUGGUCCAUUGGUACCAAUGGUACGAUUGGUACCAAUGGAAAAGCACCAUAUUCCAAUGGUUCUAUUGGUGAAUAUGCAUCUCAUUAAGGGGACUUAGAUUAUUUUCUCAUGUGGUCUAGCUGGGUACAGGGCAAUUCCAAUGGUCCAUUGGUACCAAUGGUACGAUUGGUACCAAUGGAAAAGCACCCUAUUCCAAUGGUUCUGUUGGUGAAUAUGCAUCUCAUUAAGGGGACUUAGAUUAUUUUCUCAUGUGGUCUAGCUGGGUACAGGGCAAUUCCAAUGGUCCAUUGGUACCAAUGGUACGAUUGGUACCAAUGGAAAAGCACCCUAUUCCAAUGGUUCUAUUGGUGAAUAUGCAUCUCAUUAAGGGGACUUAGAUUAUUUUCUCAUGUGGUCUAGCUGGGUACAGGGCAAUUCCAAUGGUCCAUUGGUACCAAUGGUACGAUUGGUACCAAUGGAAAAGCAUCCUAUUCCAAUGGUUCUAUUAAUGAAUAUGCAUCUCAUUAAGGAGACUUAGAUUAUUUUCUCAUGUGGUCUAGCUGGGUACAGGGCAAUUCCAAUGGUCCAUUAGUACCAAUGGUACGAUUGGUACCAAUAGAAAUGCACCAUAUUCCAAUAGUUCUAUUGGUGAAUAUGCAUCUCAUUAAGGAGACUUAGAUUAUUUUCUUAUGUGGUCUAGCUGGGUACAGGGCAAUUCCAAUGGUCCAUUGGUACCAAUGGUACGAUUGGUACCAAUGGAAAAGCACCCUAUUCCAAUGGUUCUAUUGGUGAAUAUGCAUGUCAUUAAGGAGACUUAGAUUAUUUUGUCAUGUGGUCUGGCUGGGUACAGGGCAAUUCCGAUGGUCCAUUGGUACCAAUGGUACGAUUGGUACCAAUGGAAAAGCACCCUAUUCCAAUGGUUCUAUUGGUGACUAGGCGUCUCAUUAAGGGGACUUAGAUUAUUUUGUCAUGUGGUCUGGCUGGGUACAGGGCAAUUCAGAUGGUCCAUUGGUACCAAUGGAAAAGCACCUUAUUCCAAUGGUUCUAUUGGUGACUAUGCAUCUCAUUAAGGGGACUUAGAUUAUUUUCUCAUGUGGUCUGGCUGGGUACAGGGCAAUUCCGAUGGUCCAUUAUUGGUACCAAUAGAAAAGCACCCUAUUCCAAUGGUUCUAUUGGUGACUAUGCAUCUCAUUAAGAUGACUUAGAUUAUUUUCUCAUGUGGUCUGGCUGGGUAAAGGGGAAUUCCAAUGGUCCAUUGGUACGAAUGGAACGAUUGAUACCAAUAGAAAAUGAUGUCAUUCCAAUGGUUCUAUUGGUGAAUAUGCAUCCAUUAUAAAAUAAAAAUCUCCGUCGAUUCACAUGUUUAUGAGUGAUAAGGAGACAUUCAAACUUCUGCUGUUUUUCCACGGCAACGGGUGCAAUCCUGAAAUCAUCAGUAGAUGGAUUCUUCUAGCUCAGUCCUGGGCCUCAUCGCAAGCUACAGCCGAGAAAAGAGCACGGCAAAUACAAUUUGUCAACGACAACGUUGACAUUAAAUACAUCAAUGGUUUUACUACGACGUUGAUUAUAGCAAACUGGUGUACCUCAAUGGGUUACCACGACAAACCCCACGUCAACAGUCAAAAGUGACUCAGUCACUUGAAUAUAAAACGGCUCUCUUAGGAGCCACCAAAUACAAUACAAAGUCAUAACCAACAGCAUGAUAUAACCACCCUUUUCGGAAACUCUUUAUGUAGAUAAUGAAAUUGCGCUAAGAAAUUUCAGAAGUUAAUUUCACAGUGAGUUGAGUACAGUUGUUAAAACCUGUUGCCUCAAUACCACUUUGCUAGUUUCGCGCCUUUCCGCGUUGUUUUGGGUUCUUUUAACGAGUAAGAAUUACCAAAAAAUAGUGCUUGCGUACACAGGAAAGAAGACAUUCAUAUGUCAUGUUGUUGUUUGCUCGUGAAUCACAAUAAACAGAACGAACACGACAGUGACGCGUUACCUUUCAAUUUUAAUGUUCGUAAGAUGUUUGUUAUACUCGCAGCACCUUGAGAUAUUAUUAGCGCUAGAUACAUAGGUCGCCCUCGCUUUGUAACUAUUAGCGCGUUUCUACUUUGUGUGAAAGGGAACUUGUUUUGCGUGGUUAGCCAAUAGAACGAGGAAUAUUCAAAAGAAUUAUGGCGCGUUUUUAAUUGGUGUAAUAGCGAACUUGUUUUGCGUGGUUGGCUUAUAGAACGAGGAAUAUUCAUAAUAAUUAUUAGCGCAUUUUUACUUAGUGUAGAAGGCAACUUGUUUUGUGUGGUUGUCUUAUAGAACGAGGAAUAUUCAUAAUAAUUAUUAGUGCGUUUUUACUUGGUGUAAAAGCGAACUUGUUUUGCAUGGUUGGCUUAUAGAACGAGGAAUAUUCAUAAGAAUUAUAGCGCGCUUUUACUUGGUGUAAAAGCGAACUUGUUUUAACUUGUUUUGUGUGGCUGGCUUAUAGAACGAGGAAUAUUCAUAAGAAUUAUAGCACGCUUUUACUUGGUGUAAAAGCGAACUUGUUUUGCGUAGUUGGCUUACAGAACGAGGAAUAUUCAUAAUAAUUAUUAGCGCGUUUUUACUUGGUGUAAAAGCGAACACGUUGUGCAUGGUUGGCUUAUAGAACGAGGAAUAUUCAUAAGAAUUAUAGCGCGCUUUUACUUGGUCUAAAAGCGAACUCGUUUUGCGUGGUUGGCUUAUAGAACGAGUAAUAUUCCUAAUAAUUAUUAGCGCGUUUUUACUUGGUGUAAAAGCGAACUUGUUUUGCAUGGUUGGCUGAUAGAACGAGGAAUAUUCAUAAUAAUUAUUAGAGCGUUUUUACUUGGUGUAAAAGCGAACUCGUUUUGCGUGGUUGGCUAAUAGAAUGAGGAAUAUUCAUAAUAAUAAUUAUUGCUUUUUCGAGCUUUUACUUGGUGUAAAAGCGAACUUGUUUUUGUGGUUGGCUUAUGGAACGAGGAAUAUUCCUAAUAAUUAUUAGCGCGUUUUUACUUGGUGUAAAAGCGAACUUGUUUUGCAUGGUUGGCUGAUAGAACGAGGAAUAUUCAUAAUAAUUAUUAGAGCGUUUUUACUUGGUGUAAAAGCGAACUCGUUUUGCGUGGUUGGCUUAUAGAAUGAGGAAUAUUCAUAAUAAUUAUUAGCGCAUUUUUACUUGGUGUAAAAGCGAACUUGUUUUGUGUGGUUGGCUUAUAGAACGAGAAAUAUUCAUAAUAAUUAUUAGCGCGUUUUUACUUGGUGUAAAAGCGAACUUGUUUUGUGUGGUUGGCUUAUAGAACGAGGAAUAUUCAUAAUAAUUAUUAGCGUGUUUUUACUUGGUGUAAAAGCGAACUUGUUUUGUGUGGUUGGCUUAUAGAACGAGGAAUAUUCAUAAUAAUUAUUAGCGCUUUUUUACUUGGUGUAAAAGCGAACUUGUUUUGCGUGGUUGUCUUAUAGAACGAGGAAUUUUCAUAAGAAUCAUAGCGCGCUUUUACUUGGUGUAAAAGCGAACUUGUUUUGCGUGAUUGGGAUAUAGAACGAGGAAUAUUUAUAAAAUUAUAGCGCGCUUUUACUUGAUGUAAAAGCGAACUUGUUUUGCGUGGUUUUCUUAUAGAACGAGGAACGUUCAUAAUAAUUAUUAGCGCGUUUUCACUUGGUGUAAAAGUGAACUUGUUUUGCACCAAUAGAACCAUUGGAAUGGCAUCAUUUUCCAUUGGUACCAAUCGCACCAUUGGUACCAAUGGACCAUCGGAAUUGCCCUGUACCCAGCCAGGUCACAUGGGAAAAUAAUCUAAGUCCCCUUAAUGAGAUGCAUAUUCACCAAUAGAACCAUUGGAAUAGGGUGCUUUUCCAUUGGUACCAAUCGUACCAUUGGUACCAAUGGACCAUUGGAAUUGCCCUGUACCCAACCAGGUCACAUGGGAAAAUAAUCUAAGUCCCCUUAAUGAGAUGCAUAUUCACCAAUAGAACCAUUGGAAUAGGGUGCUUUUCCAUUGGUACCAAUCGUACCAUUGGUACCAAUGGACCAUUGGAAUUGCCCUGUACCCAACCAGGUCACAUGGGAAAAUAAUCUAAGUCCCCUUAAUGAGAUGCAUAUUCACCAAUAGAACCAUUGGAAUAGGGUGCUUUUCCAUUGGUACCAAUCGUACCAUUGGCACCAAUGGACCAUUGGAAUUGCCCUGUACCCAACCAGGUCACAUGGGAAAAUAAUCUAAGUCCCCUUAAUUAGAUGCAUAUGCACCAACAGAACCAUUGGAAUAGGUUGCUUUUCUAUUGGUACCAAUCGUACCAUUGGUACCAAUGGACCAUCAGUUUGACGAAUCGUAUCCGUUUGUGUAUAUUGGACAUGGACAUGUGUGCGUGCGGCGGGAUGCUUCGUGUGGGCGGCAGGACGAUCUACCGCGAAAAGGCGCCGGUAACCAGGUAGCUUUUCGUCCAGGGUCCCGAAACCCAGGUUUAACCUCCAUUAGGGGGAUACCUUAGUACCUAAAACGGGACUGACCACAAAAAGGGAUGAUAAGUCAGAGUGUAAACGAUUCACAAUGAUGACAGCUUUCACUACAUGAAAAAUCUCUAUUAAACCGAUCAACACACAAUACCGCAGAGAAACGUUAAUCGUGAUUUUUUAUACAUUAUUUACCUGUUUGAAAUAAUGACUGCACCAGAUUCCGAGGCAGAAUUAGAAAUACAGUGAAACGUCUAUUAAGCGGACCCCCAAUUAAGCGGACACCCUCUAUUAAGCGGACACUAAGCCGGGUCCCGAAGUUAACUUCUUAUAUUUUCCUUCAUAACGAACCCCUAUUCAGCGGACACCUCUAUUAAGCGGACGCGGACACUAAAAUGAAUUGUAUUUGGCUAGUUUGUAUCAUUAAAAGCCUCUAUUUUAAUAGCUUAAAAGUGGACACUGGACUGAAUUGACAUGAGUAGUACUGGAUUACGUACUUGAAAUACGCACUGUAGUCGAGUAAUAAAAGUCUUGCACAAAGUACAAGUGCAGCACAGCUUCCUUAGCUUCCUUUAAUAACAACAUGGAACUUUAUCACAGUACAGAGCAGCCGUUGAAUGUAAAUCAUUAACAAACAUUGCGCAAUUCAGACACCUGUUGGGAAUCGCCUCCCGUAUUCAUAGAAAUCCACGACAAUUCACUUGAUGUAACUUUAUUCACAAUAACGAAUCCCAAAGUCACAGUUUUCGCAACUCACACACUCACAGAUUUUCGGCACAACAAGUUGGUUUUGAUAGCGUGAUCUUGUCCCUCCGACUUCCCACAAUACACAUGAAACCUAACCUAUAUUAUUAUAAAGUGAUUAACACUAAGUAUUAUUUCCACGAUAUCCAUUUAUCUUAUCAGUUAUCACGGUUCACUUCGUGACUGUUCCUUGAAUAUACCGGAGAUCAUGAGCUAAUUAUUUAGCAAUCAACGUUGCCAUCAACUUGAAAAAGGAUUCAAUUCAAUUUGUACGCACACUAUUGGCGCACAAUUCCCAACACACCCUCUCGAAGAGGUUUCACCGUAUAUAUUUUCUUUGUUGGGGUAUUAUUAACAAACCCCAGCCCAACCUCCAUUCAGGGAACGCUUGCCUUGGUCCCGAGGGAGUCCCCUGAAUAGAGGUUCCACUGUAUAAUCAUUUUAGUCAAAUGAGUCACGUCAUACUGGUUGUUUCUGUAUUUUCUCAUUUACUUAGAUAUCCAACCCCCCAACUGCCUCGCCUUCAGGCAGUCCGAGAACACAGGAGACCUCCAGGAGACUUUUGCCAAUAGAUUACGAAGAUCCUGAUUCGUCCGGAAGUGAAGAGAGCAGUUUAUCCUGCAUUCAGUCGCUAGACGGCUGGGAGAUGGUGUCAAGAGACGUCCAGAGAAGACAGAAAGGUCAAGAAUUUUUACGGAGGUUGCAAGUUAGCUUAUGCGGAGAGGAAAACAAAGACGAAAGGUAAGCUGUCUUGUAGAUGUGUCAGGUCUGCGCCAAACGUCGAAUUUUCCAUGCGACGAACUAAACUGGGUGAUGAGAGUUUGGAUCUAGAAACACUUUUCAUCCGUCAGCUUCAGACGGAUAGACGAUCUGAGGAUGCCGCGGUUUAUUCCAUUGAGCUAUUCACUGGAAUAACGAAAAGAAUCGGUUAUAAACGGGUUUACCCAAGUCGUGUUCCCACCUGUAACCUUUCGCGCCCUAUUUUUUCUUGGCAACUUAUUUGAACGCUUUUUUAACUUCGACGAUUGAUCCAGCAGUCAAUCGUAACUAGACUAAUGUCGACUCAAAUGGCAAUUUGUUUCGUCUCACUGCCUUGGGCUAAAUGCCGUUAUUCAGGCAGUUGAUGUCACUUCCGACCCUCCUGAUGUAAAGUUUGCCUUCACUUGUUCUGCUCAUUUUUUUGUGGGUAAAAAUUUACAUGAUAACUAUUGUCAUGAUCAAAAUGAUCGUUUACCAUUGAGCAGGAUUUUAGUUCAGUACUUGGUGUUUAUUAUGCUGUACGAGGCGGUUCAGUGUAAUUCGCCCUCUAGUGGGAAACAUACGAACUUCUUUUUAAGUCUACAAUUGGGUUAGUUAAUUUCUUAUCUUUAUAACAAAAUUGAGCGGUAAAAACACGACGUUUCGACAAUUACCUGUCGCCAGCAGCAAGAGUAAAUGACAAGAAUGGCAAUAAUCUAAACAGAAAAGAAAGUGUGAAUUUACAUUGAAAUAAGAAAGUGUAGAAACAAAAGAACUUGCAUAAGUGACAAGUUUGGUGGUAAUGUAGUCGUCUGUUUGAGUGUUUAACGUCGGUCUCCUAGGAGUAUCUCAGCAUAAGUGAAGCACGCAAGUUUUCGACAGUACCACUUUAAGCUGGUAAAUAGCUUCCAAAGAUUGGUCGGCUAUUGAUUGUAUUUCUCGUUGAGGUAUUUCCAAAUUACAGCGUAUUAAUGCUUCUCAGAGCGCUGGUCAAGGUGACGGCCGCUCGUGUUGCCUACAUAAUUUGCGUCGCACAAAUUUGCAUGUAAAUUUAUUAACAAGACAUUGUGGGUUGACGGCUGAAAGUUUGUCGGUUGUUUCGCUGCAUCAUGAGGUGGAUUCGGUGCAAAGUAUUUUUCGUUUCAAAGCCCUGUUUUCAUUGAGUACUCUUCUCGUUUUACCUAUUCACGUAAAGAGCUAUGUAAUGCUUCUGUCUUCACCGUGAAGCUAAGCUAGCUAACAUCCCCGCUCAUCAGGCUAGUUUCCGAGAGUGCGUUAAAACGAAUCCAGAGCAAGAAUCAAGCAAGAGGUAUCGACACGUUUAUGGAGAAUGUAGCAAAACUGGACCACUGGGUUCAUCUAUAUUAUCAUAGAACGAAGUUCAGGGGCACCCAACGAGAAUAUAGUUCAAAACCACUUAAACAUAGCAUUGUUAAACGUAUUUGUAUAGGUAAUAGUUCAAAACCAGCCUUUAGGCGAGUGAAAUUUGAGACAAUUUUGAAAAACAUAGCACUAUUAAUUGUGUAGGUAUUUCAAAAACGAAAUACCACUUUAAGCCAAUCAAAUUGCAGAAAUUUCUCACGUAGUAGUAUAAUAGUAUUUAAACGGUAGAUAUAGGCAUAUUUUUAUCCCCUAGAAAUUUUCCAUCUGUUCGGAUCUCCUAGCUGGAAGUCUAGUGAUCCGAAAAUUGUAGGGAUCAAAACUUACCUUUUCGAAAAUUUCAGCCAGAAAAAAGGCUCCCGAAAAUUCUAGGUGACCUUUUAAGGGUAAAAAUCCGUUAAAAAUGGGCAGUUAUACCGAUUUUUAGAUGUUCGAAAACCCUAGGAGAGGUAGGCAAGCAAGAAAUUUUACAACAAAUGUUCCGAAAAUUCUAGAUCGCAAAUCGUCUUCCGAACAGAUAUUUUCCGAAAAUUGUCGUUGGGUGCCCCUGGAAGUUCUCCGUUGCACUCCUUAGGAAAACCAUGUUAGUAUACGACUUGACCAGGCACCCAACGACUGUUUGCUGUAAAAUAUCUGUUCGAAGACGCAAAUAUUGCCUAGAAUUUCUUAUUACUUGAGGACAGCUAAAAAUUUGUAGAUGACCGUUUUAUUCAUACAAAAUUUUCGAAGCUCAUGUAAUAAAUCGCCCAUGAUUUUCUGAAGUUUAAUUUUUCGCAUUUUACUCCUCAGGUUAGGUUAUUUUUCAUAGGAAAAAGAAAACCUAAAAUUUUGUACUACGUUAAAUUGCAUUUUAAAAUUUUUCGGAAAAAUAUUACUGAAGCCCUGGUAAUUUCUAAAAGACUCACGUUCCCCUAGGCUGACUGAACAGAUACCAAUUUUAUAGCGCCGCUUAGAAUGCAUUUUUAGAUAUCUAAAAGUACUUUGGCUGGCCUAAAAAAAGUGUUUUCAGUUUAUUUAACGGAAACCGUCGUAGGGUGCCCCUGACUUGAGAAGGUCGCAAUCGCGCCCUUAAGUUAACAAACCAAAGCUAAAAGCCACCAAGUUUGAUAUCUGUAACAACAUCGCUUAAACCAAACUUUUCUGCAUGUUUUCCCGAAUUAAUACGCAGACUACUGCGAGACAACUUCAAUAUGCAGCGAAACGACUUGUAGCGAGAUGAAUCUGUAGUUAAACGACCGGUAAGCGACUGAAGAGGGCUUUAUCUCUGUAACAUUAAGGUCUUCUACAGUUUGCUUACUUGUAAACAUUGGUUGUAACACUCGGUCGAUAUUUCCAAAGCCGACCAAUGUUAAGGAGAAAUUUACCACCAUAAGUAGGCUCGAUUUCCGCCGUCUCCCGAAUCCGCUCUUUGAUCCUGAGUGCGGGCUCACUUCCCCGUCAGCGGCUGAUAAUCGAGCCUACACCUAAGAAAAUGCUGUGGAAAAUUAUUUGCAUUUGUUGGCAACUUCCUUUAGGCACAACUUUUUGAAACUGCCUAAUUUUACGUUUUAUGGGGGACGUUAACACAAGACAACCAACUUUUUUUAAAAAAAAACCUAGUCCUUUAGAAUUCAACUCCAGAAACGUUCACCAACAUUUGACAAAUCGAACGUCAUUGAAUGAGACCGAUGAAUUUCGAAACAGCGCGAAUUUACGUUUUGUCGUCGUCGUUGUUUAAACUGCCUAUCGAUACGAAUAACAAGCGUAGUUUUUUAGGGGAAAAAUUCUUUUAUUUUGCCUUAAUAAAUUGUGCGUGGUACUAAGAUCCUUAAUCGCGUACUAAAAUUUUCGUCUGUGAAAGGUUUGAACCCAGGAGUCAUUUCAAAAGGUUGAGUUUGAUCGUCCGGGUGAACGUAGUCCUGAAUAGGACUGUUGUUGUUGACAGUGACUGACGUUUCGACAACCUGUGCGGUAGUCAUCUUCAGAGUCAAAGUGAGUUGUAUCACGUCAGUUGAUGGUAUUAUACUCUGGUUAUUGAUCUGAUUGGUCAAUUAUGUCGCGAUGUUAUUGGUCGUCUGUCAGUUAAGCCGUGAUGUUGUUGGCUAUGAAGGCUCGUAAUCAGUGAUUGGUGCGUUUCGAUCCGUCUAUUGUCACAGUUAAACAGUCGUCUAUUGUUAGUCAAAUUGUCAGUUCUCCAGUUGUUCUCUCGUAGUUAGUUUUGCUUGAUCUCGUCAAUAAGUCGUUUGUACGGCGCUGGUAACUGCUGGCUACGAUUCACUUAUCCAAAUUAAAAUCAAAACACUUUUAUUACAGAUUUGUGAGCUGUUUAAAGCUUCGUCAUUUGAAUCCUGACGAUAAACUCAACGCCCUGGUAACGAAUCACAGCGUGUACUUCAUGAAGGUGGGGUCACCAUCAGCUGAUCACGUGGUUUUAACCAUAAAACUUCUGCACCUUUACAAGGCAAGACACAGAAAUCAAGGUAUGCAAUCAGUUAGUUAUUGUUCACAUAAAGGUGUAAUAAUAACAGUGACUAGAGUUUCUUGUUUUGGUGCCUUGGCUAAGUAAACUAACCUUGGAAUUUUGGAUAGUUAGUGGCUUACACGAAGAGAUUGCUUUUAAGGCCCCAUCCAAAGAGCCUGCACUACAGACGAAACACCUCUUUGAAGUCCGUUUGCGAGUCAGCGCCGAAAUCCUUUUUUUGGGCCCCCACUUGAGUAUACGCCAUGAUUGGCCUGCUAACAAAGCCAUUGUCAUUGAUCGCACGGGGAAAUUCCUUUGUAAUUGCCUUAUUGUAGACCAUUUAACUGAUGUACACCGUAAAACUAAUGUCUUAGGCUUCCCGCAGGGUUAAAUCGUAUGCGGCAGACGUGCACCGAGUAAGUCAGCAGCGAUAUGCUUGAUCAAAUAUACGAAACCUAAACAAGUCGUAACCCAAUAGUCUCGCUUGAAUCGGCUCUUAAACAAAGUCUCUUGUAAAAUGUUUUCGUCUUUGUUGAAUUUAAGUAAUGAUAUAAUGACGCUUCUCUGUUUGCAAUUUCAGAUAACGAGCAUUAUCUGCAGUUAUUGAUGAAAAUAUCAGGAGGCAGGCGACUGUCCCUCCCCUCCCCUAACCCUGCCGACAGCCCCCUUGUCCGGUGUGACAGCGUCAAAGUUGCCCAGAAAGCAGCGAAUAUAAUCAACCAAACAAAGAGAAACAGAGAAGAUAGUACAUUCAGAUAGCAGACGUUAGGACCAAAAUAUCGCUAUACAACUCGAGCAACGACAAUGAUCGCUAGUGUGAUGUCUUUUGAGCAAGACUGGCUAUCAAUCUUCUCUGUAACGAGUAGUCGGAAAUGUGAGUCGUCUCCACGUCCUAAUCCGUGGGGGGCGCGGGAGACACUCGUGACAACUUCAAACUGCAUGAAAGCUUGAAAGCAAGGUUCAGCAUCGUUUUCCACGGCUGCUGCCUUUCUGUAUCCUACCUCGGGUCGACAAAGCUUUAAAAUUUAAUGCAGCAAUGGUAUGGAAUCUGCCCAGUAGUUACUCACAGAGCCUUGUUUUCAAUGAGGAGUCAUGUUUGUCUGGAUCUCUCUCUCUCUCCCCUUUUUGUGAAAUUCACCUGAAAAAGGCUGUCGUUUUGCAUCCCGUGGAAUUGUCUAGGAAGUGACGAAGAGAGUAGCCUUCUAGUAAGCUCUCUGUAGGGGGGACGGGUGGGGAAGGGAGGGCAUUUUCUGCGCCCUCGAGUGGGGUUAAGUUGCCCACAGGCUGCAAAAGAGACAGAAAAUGUUAAAUAAUUAUAAUCAUCGUCGGCCUCGGUUUAAUCAUUUUUCUGGGGAAUUCAUUACGAACCCCUAUCUGGGAAAUAGUGUUCGCUAUAACAGGGGGUAUUGUCCCUUACAUUUUACUAUAACUGGGGCUAAAAAUAUAUAUAUAUAUAUAUAUCAUUUAGUAAAAUCCAACUAGUGGUCUAUUAUCAAUGCUGCGUUCUGACUGGAUGAGCUAGUACUAGGCUAUAUGUUAUUGCCCACUAAUAGCGAAAAGCAUCGGCUUUGAAAACCAAAACAAUGGCGGCUUAAUCGCGUUUUACUAGCUUAAGUUGUUUUGUCUCGAUAUUUUUGACCAACUAGUUGGAUUUUACUAAAACAAUUAUUCCUCUCGCCCUCAUGGCCCCUGAGUGAAUAGCGAGCCCAUUCAGGCUCGAGGAAUAAUUGUUAAAUAUAUUAUAUGGGCGUGUUCGUUGUAAUAGGGAGGGGUAGUAGAAGGGUGUCGGGCGCCACAUAAAAUGAGUCGCAGAUAGUCUAAGCCGUCGGUAUCAAGUAAAUUGUAAGGUAUUGACUAUCGAGUAUUGAUAUUGUUUUGGAUAAGUAUUAUUUUAAAAGCAAAUUAUAUUGUAAAUAAAAUGUUAGAAUAAAAACGUAGCGUUUUUAGGUGGUGCGUAUAACAUUCUUGCAAAUUAUGCAUUCAACCCUAAUCACAG